UCCAUCAGGUCAGUUUUACAGGGGAAGGGGGGGGGACCCCGAUUUCUACCCCCAUCAGCCCCCGUCUGCAGCAGCCUCAGGAGCUUUGGUAGGGGGGCCUGGAGCCCCCUUGCAUGUGGUGCAUUGCGGGGCAGGGGGCGCGCAUGGGGCAGGGGAUACCUGCACCUCCCCAGCAAUUUUCAGUCCCCAAAUCCCUGUCUCCUUUUUUCCCCUCCACGGCAAGAAUUUGCACCGACACGUGAGCGAACUGAUCCUCCGAGGUGAACGAGCCUCCACGUCUCCGCUCCCGGAGAAAAGCACUUUUCUUGCCGCAGGGUGCAUGGGGAUGGGCUUGCAGUUUAUCCAAAAAGAGAAGCAGGCGUUUUCCCUGGCGGUGGUGUGAAAUCAGGGCUGUGAUUUGUGCAAAAGAUAAAAUGCACUUUCCCGGCGGGGAUCUGAAGGCCGUGUGUCAGUACCCAGCGUCUGAAUUUCUGGUGCAAUCUGUGGGUUAAAGAAAAAGAUGCAGAGGUGGCUUUUCAAUAACGUAGCAGAAGCCAGAAGCUGCUCAAUAUGACGACUGAAACCUUUGUGAAGGACAUUAAACCCGGCUUGAAAAACUUGAACCUUAUUUUUAUUGUACUGGAAACAGGUCGGGUGACCAAGACAAAGGACGGCCACGAGGUGCGGACGUGCAAAGUAGCCGACAAAACUGGCAGCAUCAACAUCUCAGUGUGGGACGAUGUAGGGAACCUCAUUCAGCCGGGAGACAUCAUCCGAUUGACCAAAGGCUACGCAUCCGUUUUCAAAGGCUGCCUGACCCUCUACACGGGCCGCGGAGGAGACCUGCAGAAAAUCGGAGAGUUCUGCAUGAUUUACUCCGAGGUCCCAAACUUCAGCGAACCCAACCCAGAGUACGUGACCCAGCAGUCCCAGAGCAAAGCCGCCCCCAACGAUAACGUGACCCCUGCUGCUUCCCAGACCACCCCGGGCCCCGCCGCAUCGUCCCCAGCUGCCGACAACCAGAACGGCAACGGGCUGAGCGCCCCAAGCCCCAGCGGCCCCACACACCCGCCAAACGUCCCGUCCCACCCCACCAGCGGCCGGAUCACCAGGAGCCAGCCGAACCACCAGGGCGUGGGCUCGGCCGGGUCCGGCUCGUCCUCCAACCCCGUCAGCAACGGCAAAGAGACCCGGCGAAGCAGCAAGAGAUAACACCACAGGGUCGGGACCCCCCGCCCCAGCUCUGUGCCGGCUCGCCCCGGGCCCCACUGCCGAGGCUAGGAGGAGGCUGGGCCGGGGGGCGGGAGAGACCAUGGCCGGGCGUCGCUACGGGCUAGAUCAGAGACAGCGAACCAAGAGCGUUUUAGUCACCGCGGUCGUGCCCAUUUUCACCGGGACUGUGGCGUUCUCCUGAGCAGUGACGGGGAGAGGGGCGCCCCCCAUUGGAAACCGGCCCUUUAUCUUCACAGCUCUGCUCUGAGACUAAACUGAGCCACAGCCAAGUGCCCCCGCUGGGAUCCCCACAUGCCCCUCUGGGGGGGGGCUGCCAGCUCCCCCUCCCUUCCUCCCUCCCUCCCCAGCUCACUGGAUUUCGUUCCUUUGGUGGGUUUUUUUAUUGUGUUUUUUUUGUUUUGUUUUUACAAAUAUCCUGAAACUUUUUAGAAAACUUUAAAAAAGCCGCUUUUGCCAGGUGGGGUCAGUGGCCAGGGGGCAGCCGGGGACUGCUGAGGCCUCUAGGUGUAGGAUGGGGGGCAGCGGCCCCCCUCUCCUUGCCCCCGGGAGCGGCCCGUUUGGGUCUUGGUGUCUCAGCGGAGGCUGCCUAAGACUGAGCGUGGAGCCAAAUCUCCCCUCCCCUCCCCCCCGGGCCAGCAGCAGCUCAGGGAACCUCGGGGCACACACGGUGGAAGGGGGGAGUGAUGGAGUGGGGCGCUGGUUCCAACCCAGGUUGGCCGUGAGCCCUGCCUGGGCGCUCUGGGCCCCACCCUGCAUGGAAUGAGUUUGCUGGGUCUCAGGCCAGUUCCUAGGAGGUCACCACGAUCAACC